CAUAGUCUCAAUUACCGAAUUCCUGGAUUACUUCUUUGCGCAUGAUCACCUGACCCGACUCUAAAGCGGCAAGGCAAAAUUACCCCCGGCCCAGCUAAUCACCUUGAUUAUCUACCAAGUUCAACUUCAACCAUACCAUCGGUUAAAUUUUUCAAACAACCCACCCCGAAUCAUGUUUCAAAGUUAAACACACUUUUCCUGGAAAAAGACAGUCCCAAUCACCCCUCUGUCUAAGACAAGCCCCCCUCCCCUAUGCCGGCCGACGAGUAUUCGACGCCCGGCGGAGGCGGUAAGCUCAAGCUGAAGGGCUCCAAGAUCGCCGAUGGCCGCGUAGAGAAGAAGAAAAAGAAGAAGAAGCAAAAGGAAAACGAGACCAAAAAGGCUUCUCCCGAAGCGGACGCAGAGCAGCAGCAGCAGCAGCCGCAGCAACCAGACGAAAAUGAGACCACCACCACCACGCCAAGAGAUACGUCUCGUGCCCCCGAUGAAGCUGAUCAUCCCGAGGAAUCAUCACCGGACGUUGGCUCGGCUGGCAAGACCGAGGCGGAGAGAAGGCAUGAGGAGAUGAGGAAGAGGAGGCUGCAAGAACGCCUGAAACGGGAAGGGGUCAAAACGCACAAGGAGCGCGUGGAGGAGCUCAACAAGUACCUCAGUCGAUUGAGUGAACACCACGAUAUGCCCAAGAUUGGACCCGGUUGAAUCGCUACAGUACUCCAAGGAUGGGAUUGGGUUCUGUUAUUUAUUUUGUGGUUGAUGUUUUUGUUCGUGUCUGAUAACAGCAAUACUGGUUGUACUACUUACAAACUUUCUCGUGGGGGUUUUUUUUGGUGCCUCUCUUUUAGAUGAUUGUGAUUUGAAUUCCAAGGCACCUCCUACCUACCAAGGCAACUUUUAACCUCGCUCAAAGCAUGGUUGAUGAGGAUGGGGGUCGGAGCUUGAACAGAGCACUACCUACCUAAGCACCAAGGUUGCUGUCAUAUGACAAGUGCUACGUUGUGCACGCUCACUGG